ACCCCGGUCCCCUUACAUAACGAUCGUGUCCCCGUCCUAAGGCUCGUGGCGGAGAUUUGCAAAUCCCACACAUCAAUAAACUUUUAAUGCGCCCUCUUCACCGUUAUCGGGUGGUCGAGUUGGAUUAUUGUCGGUGGAGAUGUGUGGUAAUCUUAUCGGUGGCUCACAGUCAAAGGUGGCAGAAAGUCCCGGGGAUAGUGCAUGUGUGAGAGUUUGGUGCAACCUGUUAAGCCAUCCAACCACCACCAGCGGAUUCCGUUUUGACGCAUCUAUGCCGUUAGGAGGAGAGGUUACUACGGGGUGUGGGUUGCAGUGCCUGUGCGAAUGCAUGGUUAGAAGCUGGGAGUAAAACAAAAACAAAAACUCAAACAUUGUCCGGUUUGUUCUCUCUCCCAUGGAGUUAUCUGGCUGACCGGCAGUUGAGCGGACUUUUAUCAUGAUGUGCGUAAACCUGUGCUCGGGAUUUACAACCAAGGUUAACCAAAACGCGCCUGUAGGAUACUACCCGGGGAAAGAAAGCCCGAUACGAGAAUGUUGUCGCUUUCGUCGUAGUUGUCGUCGUAUUCGCCGUAUUCUUCUCGGGGUCGGGUGUUGGUUGGCAAGAUAAGAUUGGUGUGAUAAGUGAGGUUUCCCCCGUGGCAUAUCCUAACCGGCGGCCGGCACACCACCACCAAGGGUGCGAUUCCUUUGCAGGCUUUUUCCUGGUAGUAGUUGUUGCUCCGCUGUUACUACGUCUUUGGUUUUUGUGCGUUUUCUUGAGCCCAUGUGCUGUUGCUGCUGUUGCCGGUGGUGGUUACGCCUUUUAUGUUUGUGACCGUGCCGGUGCACCGUUCAGUUCGUGCUACUACACGCUACAGUGCGGUGGUUCUUGACAUCGAUCCGCUUCGGUUUCUCGUGUGCCGGUCCAGUGCUUGCCCUGCCCUGCUGUGUUGUGUUUUGAUCGCUGAGAAACGUUGUUACACUUCCCCAGGCUAGCCGACAGGACAUCGCGAUGACUCACAAACAGAAAGACAUGGAAAGCGUCUGGGUGCAGUCGGCGAUCGGGGCGAUCAAGAUCAUCACGAUGGUGUACGACAUCAUCACGAUGCCGAUCUAUCUGGCCAUCCAGCGACCCUGGAAGCGAAGACAGCUCGCCCGCCGGGUGAAGGCCAAGAUCAUCCAGCAGGACAGCAGCUCGAUCACGUACCGGUCGGUCGAUUCGCCCGGUGAGAUGCACGUAAAGAUGAUGCAGAACAACAUCGACACGCUCGAGCGUAUGUUCAACUUCGUCACGAAGGUGCACACCACCAAGCGGUGCAUCGGUACGCGCCAGAUCCUGGGCGAGGAGGACGAGAUGCAACCGAACGGACGGAUGUUCAAGAAGUUCCGCAUGGGCGACUACGUGUGGCGCAACUUCAUCGAGACGGAGCACGCGGCCGCCUGCUUCGGUCGCGGUCUGCGCGAGCUGGGCCAGGAGCCGAAGCAAAACAUCGUCAUCUUUGCCGAAACGCGGGCCGAAUGGAUGAUUGCGGCGCACGGUUGCUUCAAGCAGAACAUGCCGGUGGUGACGAUCUACGCCACGCUCGGGGAUGACGGGGUGGCGCACGGUAUCAACGAGACGGAGGUAACGACCGUGAUCACGUCCCACGAGCUGCUGCCCAAGUUUAAGAGCGUACUGAACGUGACGCCGAAUGUGAAGAAAAUCAUCUUCAUGGAGGACCAGCUGCACCCGACCGAUACGACCGGCUUCAAGGAGGGCGUGGAAAUCAUCCCGUUCAGCAAGGUGAUCGAGAUUGGCAACACGAGCACGAUCCCUGGAUCCCCGCCGGCCGCUGAAGACACCGCCAUCAUCAUGUACACGUCCGGCUCGACCGGUACGCCCAAGGGUGUCCUGCUGUCGCACGCCAACUGUAUCGGCACGAUGAAGAACUUCUGCGAUAUCUUCAAAAUCUAUCCGGACGAUGUGCUGAUCGGGUUCCUGCCGCUGGCGCACGUGUUUGAGCUGCUGGCCGAGAGUGUGUGCCUGCUCACGGGCGUACCGAUCGGCUACUCGACACCGCUCACACUGAUCGACUCGAGCAGCAAGGUGAUGAAGGGCUGCAAGGGCGAUGCGUCAGUGUUACGGCCGACUUGCAUGACCUCGGUACCGCUCAUCCUGGAUCGAAUUUCGAAGGGUAUCAACGACAAGGUGAACGCAGAAGCACCGAUGAAGAAAGCGUUCUUCAAGUUCGCGUACAACUACAAAUCGAAAUGGACUGCUCGUGGCUACCAGACACCGCUAAUGGACAAGAUUCUUUUCAAGAAGAUCGCAAAGUUGCUCGGAGGCCGCAUCCGCAGUGUACUGUCCGGUGGUGCUCCACUUGCACCGGAUACGCACGAACAGAUUAAGCUAUGCCUGUGCGUCGAUGUGAUCCAGGGUUACGGUCUUACGGAAACUACUGCCGGAGCGGCAGUAAUGGACAAAUGGGACAUGGAGUAUAGCCGAGUCGGGGCACCGUCCUCAAGCAAUGACAUACGAUUGAUAAACUGGGAGGAAGGAAACUAUCGGGUCACGAAUAAGCCCUACCCGCAGGGCGAGAUCGUGGUCGGUGGUACAACCGUAUCGAAGGGCUACUACAAGCUCCCUGGCAAAACGCAGGAAGACUUCUUCGAGGAGGACGGCCAGCGAUGGUUCCGUACCGGUGACGUGGGCGAAAUCCAUCCCGAUGGUGCGCUUAAGAUUAUCGAUCGUAAGAAGGACUUGGUGAAACUGCAGGCGGGCGAAUAUGUGUCGCUGGGCAAGGUGGAAUCGGAACUUAAAACAUGCCCCGUGGUGGAAAACAUCUGCGUGUACGGUGACUCCACGAAGCAGUACACCGUGGCGCUGGUUGUGCCGAAUCCCAAACAUCUGGAGGAGAUCGCAGAGCGGCUGGACAUUCGCGGGGUCGAGUUUGAGGACCUGUGCGACAACAAGAAGUUGGAAAAGGCCGUACUGCAGGAACUGGCUGACCAUGGUCGUAAAUGCAAACUGCACCGUAGCGAAAUUCCCGCCGCCGUACACCUGUGCAAGGACAUCUGGACGCCCGAUAUGGGGCUGGUGACGGCCGCCUUCAAGCUGAAGCGCAAAGACAUCCAGGAACGGUAUCAGGCCGAAAUUAGCAAGAUGUACGCGUCGUAGAUUGCGUUGUUGGUGGUACCGGCUAUAUUAGCACCAACAGUCAAACUACUUCCACAAAACAACACAACAACGCGCGCAUGCAGACAUACAAACCAUACACACAACAUACCAAGAGAAAGAAGAAGCGCGAUUUGUACGUAAGGCUGUAGAAAUUAUUCACAUAGAACGAACGCAAAGACAGCAAGCUCUAAAAAAGUAGCAUUACGCAUAAGAUCCGUGAUCGUCGUCGCACCCGUCACCGGUGCGUGAGCUAUCGCGGACGAUGGGCGCCAAAAUCGCUUCGAUCUCUUCGUUCGCUCUCUUACCAACACCUACCCCCUCCGGUCCUGGCUCUCCGUCAGCGCGUUCGCGCUCUUCUCGUGCUCCUUUCGCUCAGAGGCAUGGCACUGGAAUUACUUUGCGAACUGUUUGAAAAGGACAUCACCUCCCAAUCCUCCCCACACCCAUUAUAUCCAUCCUCGGAACCAUGUGGAUGGAUUGUACCAUUGGGUACUAAGUGUAAAGCAACACUACUACUACUACCAAGCUGUGGCGCUGGACGUUCAAGCAAGCAGGGGCGGAGGAACACAAGGAGCAAAGCAACAUUUCACACACUACCGAUGGAAAGGAAUUGCAUUCGAGAGGAAAAAAAAUGGGGAAAAUGCACCCGCGGAGAUGCGAAGAGGGAAAGUGAGAGAGAGAGAGAGAGAGAGAGAGAGAGAAAGAGAGUAAGAGAGAGAUAAAGCCGACAAGAUGAAGUUUUGUUUCAUCUUCUUAAGUAAUGCUAAUGCUAGUGCGGCACCCACCACGUGGCUAGUCGUAUUUCUGGUACCUUCGAGUGGAGUAAUAUUGUUUUUUGUUUGUUUGUUUGAUCGUUUUUUUCGUUUCAUUAUGCAUAUACAUUUUUCUACUCGUCAUCGGUUUCUUCCUGUACUUCUUGGUUAGCUAUAGUUUAUCGUUUUGUAUUUUUUAGUACGGUAGAGCACAGCGCAGCGCACGACGGUUGCGCGUUCGUUCACCUCGAUAUGUGUGAGGUGUGCGUGCGUAGUGUGAGAAAAAAGAAGAAGAAGAAAAAAAGCGCGAUUAUAAACAUUACAAUUGAGCGACUCUCGUGUACGGUUUCUUCAGUGUAUGUUCCUUCAAUGUACAUUCGUUUUAAGUCGCGUUCUUGUUCUACCAUUUUGCGUUGGUGUGCCGCUGCACUAGAUGCCAAGUUCGAAUAGUUUGUUAUACAUUAAGGGACGGUUUGACUUUUCGUUGCAAUUUUGUUUUUAAAGUAAGGAAAGAAUCCUAAAAGAAAUGAAACAAGGCGGGGAUGCGAUGCUGUGUAGCUGUAGCAGUAGUAGGGAGUAGUAGCAUAGUAGCAAUGAAAUACCAUAUUUAUAUGAAUUUCGAAAAGGAAGCCCAGAUUUGCACGACGAUGUGGGUCGGAGGAGGAGCAGGAGCAGGAUGAGGUGUGGUGCAAAAUGUGGCCCACAUUGGGGUGGUGUGGUGUGUGCGGGUGGGGUCCUUUUCGUCUAGCAGGAUGAACAAAACACGGAACAUGGUUCGGAUCAACAUUGUUCCGGUUAACUGUUUCAAGGGAGCGGGGUUUGUAUAGGCAGGGUAGUUAGGAAAGACUUUAAUGAAAACACGCGGAAAUUCCAAAAACACACAAGGGCUUGGAAUAUGUUUCGGAAAAACAAAAAGAAAACAUUAGGAUGGCUUAUCAAAGAAAUGCAGAGUGCAGAUGUGAACAUGUUAGGAAACGGAAUCGAAGGGACGGGGAUAUAUGUGGGUCUCUCUUGAAUAAAGUAGUAAAAUCGAA